AUGGGUGAUUUGGUCAGUAUUUGCACCGCUUUAAGAAGGUUGAAAAUCCUUCAUGUAUUGACUGUCAGGCGAGGGCAGAUGAUGCGGAGCAUUCACUUUUUUGAUGCGAUCGCUGGUGGAGAAGACGCAGGGAAUUGGAGGUGCGGAUCGUAUUUUCCAUAUUGCACAACAUGUAUCAUAGACAACAAUGUGAUCAAUAACGUUGUUACUAAGUCGCCUAAAGUGAUAAUAAUCGGUGGAGGAUUUUCGGGCCUGAGCGCAGCAAAGCAUUUAUUGUGCAACGGAAUUGACGAUAUUCUGAUUUUAGAAGCGAGAAACCGGUUAGGCGGCCGCGUAACAACCAAGUGCAUUGGCGACGUAACGGUCGAGCUGGGAGCCAAGAAGCACGGUUUUCCAUGUGGCAUGCCGAACCCGGCUGUACACUUGGCGGGUGUCGACCCAAGCUUCCGGCGGUGGCUGGACACCGACGACGUAAAAAGAACAUUGACCAGGUUGGAUCUGGACGGAAUGUCAACGGCCACCGUGUCGCGAGUGUUGCACAUCAUCGACGAUGUGCUGAGGUCCAUGGAAAACAUCCGAUCGACCAACAACAGCAACGUGUACGGCAACAUGGAGAGUGUGGCCGGGGUGCGUUUGAGGAGCGUGAUCCAGUCGUUCCCGGUCGAAGACCAGGAACAAGUGGCCCGUCUGUACACGGCCGUCGUGAAAGCGGCCUGCGCGGGCCAGCCGCCGUUGCGCGAAACAAGAGACGGCGGCGGCGUGUACAUGGAAGUACGCGACAGCGACAUUAAAGUGACCGUCGGCUACUACGGGUCCAUCGCGCCCUAUUUGGAGCACGUUCCCGAAUCGAAAAUCCGUUUGGAGUCGCCCGUUUCCAGAGUGGUUUGGGGAUGUUCGCUGUGCCCCAAUCGAGGUAUGUCGGGGCCGCCGGCCGUGAUGGUCAAAACCGAACAGGGCGACGAACACGUGGCUGACUACGCGCUAAUCACACUGCCGCUGGGCGUGCUCAAGGCCAACGCAAAAUCUAUGUUCCUCCCUUCGCUCAGCGCGGCCAAGUUGGACGCCAUCGACGACAUGGCCAUCGAGCACGUCAACUUGGUGUAUCUGUCGUACGCGGAACCGUUGCGCCACUGGUACCGAACCGACGUACACAAUGUCGAAGCGUGCGGGUGGUCCAACGAUGUAAAAACCAUCCGGAAGCUACCGGACAGCGACCACGUACUGGAGGCAAUAGUGGCGGGCGAGGGAGCCGAACUCAUGGAGCGACUUUCCGACGGCGAAAUAGUGGACGGACUCACCGCGAUCGUGGCCGAGGCACACCCCAAAUUGAAGCGGGUACCGCUAGUCUGGCAAGUGGUCCGGUCCAAGUGGUCCAGCGACCCGUACUGCCGAGGCGCGAUGACCGGAUCGAACGCCCAAGUGCAAAAGGUACUCUCCGAACCGGAACCGGUAAUCGAAGGAGUGAAGCCGGUCAUGUUUUUCGGCGGUGACUACACGUGUCCCGGUAUGCCGUCUAGCGUUAGAGCCGCAAAAAUGAGCGGGGUCCGCGAAGCAGAAAAAAUCUUAAACGCCAUCAAGCAUAAUGAUGAGUUUCGAGUGUCGACCGCCGUACCAACAACAAGCACCUAA